AUGGCUGCAUCGUGGCUUCGUAUUAAUGAACUUUUCAGUUCUAAUGCUGAUUUAGUUUGUAUUGUGGGUCGUACGCAAUCAAUCAAUUCUAUACAAGGGACUAUCGUCUUACAUGAUGAUGCUACUGAUGAUGAUUGUAAUGAAAUAUCACCAUCAUCAUCUACUUUGCAUGUUUCAUUUGCCAAUCUACGCAGAUCAUUUGAUUUUCAAUCAUCUAAUUUUCAACGGGGUCAAUAUAUUCAAGUUUAUGGAAAAGUUGUUCGUCAAGGUGCUAAUAUUAUUCGAGUUGAAGCUCAAUUGAUUCGACAACUAGACUUUGACUUUGAUCUAAAUGAAUAUGUAAAAGGUUUAUUGCUCACACAUAGCACAAUUAAAUCAAAUGUAUUGUCUGCUUUUCGUUUACGCGGCCUUGAUUUGAAAUUUGAUGCAUCUCAAUACUUAGUUGAAUUAGCAUUAACUGUUCCAUCGGCUUCAUUAGUUUCUUGGCUUGAUCAACUGAUUGAUUUAUUGACAAAACGACAACUUUCGUCAUCUAUUGUUGACAAAACACUUGUGUCUAAUGUUGUUCAAGAAUUGAGAGCUCAACUUUCAAACGAUUCACAUAGUGAAGCUCUUUUUUCAGUUCUUAAUGCAUUUUCAAUUCCAAAGUUUAUAUAUUCAAGAUCAGCAAAGAAAUUCAUUGAAAAAGAAAUUGAUAAUGAUCUAUUUGGAAAUGCUCGAACACGUUCUGAAGUAUUCUGGGAACGAUAUGAUCUAUUGUUACAGCGAACAUUGAGACAUGAUGUUUUUUCACAAGUCAAUUUAGCAUCGGUAUCAUCGAAUAAAGUUCAAAAGUAUCAGUUGAAAACUAUCGAACAUUUACUAGCCUCUGGUUCUAAAUCGGAAAAGGUUGUAGUAUUGGGAAUGUUAUCACAAUUAAAUGAGACAAAAUAUGAUUUACAAGAUCCAUCUGGUGUCAUUUCACUACAGCUUGAUCAUGCAACAUUUCAUCCAGGAUUUUAUUUUGAAAAUUGUUUUGUCUUAGUUGAAGGACAACUUGAUGAUGGAAUAUUUAAUGUAUCAGGCAUUGGCUUACCACCACCAGAAUCAAUACAAAAUACAAGAUCAUAUUUUGGUGAAAUAAAUAUAACGGGUAAUACACACGAUCAAAGUGCAAAAACAAAAAUUCGACUUAAGGAAAUUGAAGAAAAAUCAGAUGAUGCUUUUGUUUUUCUUUCUGAUGUUUGGCUCGAUGAUAAAAAGGUAAUGGAACGUAUUGAACAAUUGUUUGAUGGAUUUGCUGAACAACCACCAUUUGCAUUUAUAUUUUGUGGCAAUUUUCUUUCACGACCGACAGCUAAUUUGUACAUCAAUGAUUUGUCAGAUGCUUUUAAAACUUUUUCUAAACUUGUUUCAAAAUAUCCGGAUAUUUGUGAACGUUCGCAUUUUAUUUUUGUACCUGGUCCACAAGAUCGACAUGCACCAAAAAUCUAUCCUCGCGCGCCACUUCCAUCAUCAAUCAAUGAUAUAUUAAAAAAACGUAUUCGUCAUCUUCAUCUUGCAACAAAUCCUGUUCGUAUUCAAUAUUGUACACAAGAAAUAGUUAUUUUCCGUGAAGAUUUAUUACAGAAACUUUGUCGUUAUUGCAUUAAAUUACCUUUGGAUAAUUUACCUAUGCAUCUUUGUCAUACAUUGGUUACUCAAGCACAUCUAUCACCAUUACCUGUUUAUAUGACACCUAUCUAUUGGGCAUAUGAUCACGCACUUCAUUUAUAUCCAUUGCCAGAUUUAAUUGUUGUUUGUGAUAAAUUCAAAUCAAUUACUGAUACAAUUGCCGAUUGCACUAUUAUUAAUCCAGGUUCCUUUGCAAUUAAUAAAUAUUGCUUCAAAGUCUAUUUACCUGCAACACGCGAAGUCGAAGAUAGUCAGAUCGCUAAUAUCCGCCCGAGUCUUGAUGUUCUCGUACCUUUAGUAAUGAUAGAAAAUAAUGUAACAAAUGAUAUUAGUGAUAAUGUAUCAUGUGAACCACAAAAAGAUUUACUUCGUCAUUUUGAAUCAGGUGAUGUUGUUAUAGUUCGAUUAGAUUCACAAUGUUUACCAGCCAUUGUUUUCAAUAUCACUGGUCUCGUAAUGAAAUUCAAUAUCGAUCAACAACUAUAUCAUGUUUGUCUAUUGAAUAAUGAAUUUACAGAACAUUGGAUUGAUGCAAUUGAUAUGGUCAUCUAUUCAGUACCCAUGAUAGCCGAAUUCGAGAAUGAACAAGUAACACUUAUGUGGUCUAAAGCAAAUGAACUUCUUGAAAUUCGUAAUGAUAAUGAUGAUAAAAAUCGCCUUGAAGAAUUUAAACGACGAUUUAUUGAGGUUAAACAUCAACAAGCACCUCUUUCAACGAUAAAUACUUCGAGAAAGAGUAGUAGUAGUAGUAGUAGUAGAAGAAGUCAUACUUCAAAUCAAAAAGUUUCUUCACAGAUAGUUUCUAUUCCAUUAACAACUUGUGAAGAAUUACACAUUAUCGAGUCUAUUUAUCGAUUGCCUCAAUGUACGUAUGCCGAAGCAAAAUGCACUGCUGAAGAUACUUAUAUGAAAAUUAUUUGCACGAAUAAUCGUGAAAAUGUUCAAUCAUCUUCAAAAGGAAUCAUUCCUGAUCAAUGGUUGUUUUCGUUUGCUAUUCAAAAAAUUGAUUAUCUUCGACAAUAUUCAGCUAUUUGGUUACCGGAUCUCGAAGCCAUGGUAGAUACGAUGGAGAAUGAAAAUGAAUUACGUUCAUUAAUAUCAUUAAUGAAGAAAUCGGUUUAA